AUGUGUARGAUAUGUGGMAAAAAYCAAGARACUAUAGACCAUCUUGUUUCUGGCUGCUCAGAAUUGGCCAAAACAGAGUAUAUUCAUAGGCAUAACAAAGCUGCAGCAUACCUCCACUGGGCAAUUUGUAAGCACUAUAAUAUUGAGGUCAAAGAUAAGUAUUAUGAACAUGAACCAUCAAUUGUAGAAGACAAUGAAGAAGCUACUAUAUUGUGGGAUAUGCCAAUACAAACAGACAGGGGAAUAAAGGCCAAGAGACCCGAUAUAGUGGUGAAGAAUAAGAAAGAGAUAACCUGCUUGCUUAUUGAUAUGUCUAUUCCAACUGAGAGAAACACCUCYGUAAAAACAACAGAAAAAUUAUCUAAAUACAAAGAUCUUGAAAUAGAAAUUCAAAGAAUGUGGGGUAUGAAGACCACAACAAUACCUGUGGUAAUAGGUGCUCUCGGUCUAAUCAAGAAAGGGAUGGAAAAAUAUGUCAAGCAGAUCCAAGGUAACAUCAGGGUACAGGAAAUACAGAAGGUUGCUCUCCUUGGCACUGCUCAUAUAAUAAGGAGGGCACUGUCAAUCAAAUAAACCAUACACCCCCUCAUAGAUGCCCCAAGUCCAGCACAGGCGUCCCAGGCUGGUAUCUUGUGGCUUAUUAAUGGCGCGAGCGUUCAGUGGUUCGAAUCACGGCCGAAACGAUUUAAAUUUUUUUUUCUAUUUUUUUUUUCUUCACAAAAUGGAUCCUUAUGUAGUUACGAUAUUUUUUCUGAAUAAAAUUUUAAUUUUAAAGCUGUUUUUAUAUUUUCUCCCCCCACGUAAGAAAAAAUUACAAGGCAGGGGUGUUCAGCACGGCCAGCGCCAACUGCCUCUGGUCAUCGCGGUCAAAACGCACUUUCUCUUUCGGCAAUCAACCCGAAUCGCCGUCCAGCUUGCGAUCAAAUACCUAUUCUUCCUUGGGUUAAAAUUUCACCCUCCAGUGAGAAUUAUUUCUCGAGGUAUUUCGCUCACAACAUCAAAGUAAUGCAGCCUACCAUCGUACGGUACUUUCUUCGAAGACACCAACGGAAUUGCCUCGCUUUCGUGAGUACAAGUAACCGACUAUGUACCUCGGGGACAGGCUGGUCUUGCUAUAUAUUUCAAAUUUGCCGUUACUGUAAGUUGUAGGUUGAGUUAAAUUCACCGGUAAGUUUAUUAUGUUUUUGAACUAAAAUGAAACCACUGCAAAAGAGAUCAAAGUUGAGUCCCGUUCUAGAGUGGCAGAUAUGGUAAGUUGAACAUUUUGGAAGUUAUUAUUCAGUAGUAAAGUAGUAAUAAGGCCGCUUCACGAG